GUGGCACCGCUGGGUCCAGCCGGUGGUAAUGACUCUCCACCGGGGGUUGGAGGACUAAUCUCGCUUGAGUUAUAAAGUGGUCCCCGGCUGUGUUUCACUCUGUGUUUUUAGGACCUGGAUUAUUAGGGGAAGCUCCAGGACAUCCAGGCCGAGGACAGCGCCCUGUGGCCGGGCUGCAGCGCCCUGUGGCCGGGCAGCAGAGCCCCGUGUCCGGCCCGGUGUGGAGGUCGCUCUGCAUGGAUUUCUUCUAGAAAAACUGCAUUAUCUUCUCUGCACUGCAACAUAAAGUCACACCCCGAGUUGUUGCGUUCCUGUCAGGGGGAGGAGUUGGACAUGGCGGAAUCCGGCCGGGCCAGACAGCCGGACCCUGACGCUGCUGCCUGCCGGACAUCGAGCCCCCUGACCGGGAAGAAGAGGCCGCAGCAGUCCCCUGGUCCCCGGUCCCGGUACCAGAGCUCUGCUCCGGGCCACUGCCUCAAGAGGGUGACCCUGACCAAGCCCACCUUCUGCCACAGCUGCAGCGACUUCAUCUGGGGGCUGGUCGGCUUCCUGUGUGAAGUGUGUAACUUCAUGUGUCACGAGAAAUGCCUGAAGACGCUGCGUUCAGCUUGCUCCUGCAUGACGCCGUCUUUGGUCCGGGUUCCCGUGGCUCACUGCUUCGGCCCCGCCGGACAGAAGAAACGUUUCUGCUGCGUCUGCAGGAAACAGACGGAGGGGAACGCGGCGCUGCGCUGUGAAGUGUGUGAGCUGCACGUCCACGCUGACUGUGCCGUCUUCAGCUGUGCAGACUGUCGCAGUUCUCACCUGGACGGGACUCUGGAGCAGGAUACGUUUCACCACCACUGGAGGGAGGGGAACCUGCCGUCAGCGGCGAGGUGUGACGUGUGUCGGCGUUCCUGCGGUUCUUCAGACGUCAUGGCUGGGAUGAGGUGUGAGUGGUGCGGCGUCACGAGCCACGCGGCGUGCUACCUCGGCGUGCCACCAGAGUGCACUCUGGGACGUCUGGGCUGCAUGAUGCUGCAUCCGGCCUGCGUCCGCCUCGACUCGAGAAACUUCAGCAAGAUGCACUGCUACCGCAUCACAGAGAGCUGCAGCCAGGACCUGGAUAACUCUGAUGAAGUCGAUCCGUCAGCUGCUGCGACUAAAGAGGGUCAGCCGGCAGCUCCAGAGUCAGGUAAACUUCUUAAGGUGUAUGACGGUGAUGAUGCAGUAAAGCGCGGCUGCUUCCGAUUGGUUUCCUUCAUGCGAGCGACAAAGAAUGAGGAAGUGGUGGAGGCGGCACUGAGGGCCUUCUACCUCCCUGAUGACCCUCGGGACUUCGAGCUGCAGGAGGUCGGUGGCAAGCAGCGUCUCCAUAGUGAUGACAUCCUCAACCGUAACGGUGGCCCUGACAACCGGGGCUCCCUGAAGGAUGGCGGCGACGCCUGGAUGCUGAGGGCCAAACCCAGAGACGUUGAGGUCAUCAACGUGUACGCAGGUCGGCCCAGGUCGGGGUCAACAUUCGUCUCCGUCUCCAUCUCUAAAAACAGCACGGCGGAUUCAGUCCUCACAGAGGUCCUCAGUCUGCUCGGCAGACAGAAGGAAAACGCAUCCACUUUCAGCCUGAUGGAGGUUUACAUGAGCAGCAAGCAAGUUCAGAGACAGACGCUGAGUCCUCAGGAGAAGAUUCAGGACAAACUGCAGGAGAUCAGAAAGGUGUCUGUGCGUCAGAUGCACCAGACUCGGUUCUACGUGGUGGAGAACAGGAAGCGGGCGGUGCAGGUCAGCCUGCUGAUCGGAGGACUGACCCCGCUGCUGACCAAAGACGAGUACGUCCAGCUGAUCCAGGAACAGCUGGCCAUCAAGAGUCACCUGGUCUCCGUCAGCCACGUCUACACCAGUCAAGGUGCGGUGGCGUUGCAGAUCUCGUGUUUCUCUGAAGCAGAGAGGAUCUACAUGUUGGCUAAAGACACGACCGUCAACAACAAGACGCUCACUUCGCUCGUUAUUCCAGAGAUCGUGCAUGAGGAGCUGGACGAAGACGUCUGUCCUCUGCUGGUGUUUGUUAACCCGAAGAGCGGCGGUAUGAAAGGCAGAGAGCUGCUCUACGGCUUCAGGAAGCUGCUGAACCCUCAUCAGGUCUUUGACAUUUCCAACGGAGGACCACUGGCUGGCCUCCACACGUUCCGGGAGGUUCCCCGGUUCCGGGUGCUGGUCUGUGGGGGCGACGGGACGACGGGCUGGGUGCUGGGAGUGCUGGAGGCCGUCCGGCACAAACUGGUGUGUCGAGAGCCGCCGAUCGGCAUCGUACCGCUGGGAACAGGGAACGACUUGGCUCGAGUCCUGCGUUGGGGACCGGGUUACAGCAGCGAGGACCCGCACCACAUCCUGGUCUCUGUGGACGAGGCGGACGAGGUUCUGAUGGACCGGUGGACCAUCCUGCUGGACGCCCAGGACAUCUCUGAAGACGGCAAAGACAACGGCUUCCUGGAGCCUCCAAAGAUUGUGCAGAUGAACAACUACUUCGGUCUGGGCAUCGACGCGGAAUGCAGCCUCGACUUCCACCAGGCCCGAGAGGACGAACCCGAUAAAUUCACCAGCAGGUUCCAUAACAAAGGAGUGUAUCUGAAGGUCGGCCUGCAGAAGAUCAGCUACAGCCGGAGUCUCCACAACGAGCUGCAGCUGCAGGUGGACGCUCAGAACGUCCCGUUACCGCACAUAGAGGGGCUGAUCUUCCUCAACAUACCCAGUUGGGGUUCUGGUGCCGACCUGUGGGGGUCAGAGGUCGACGUUCGCCACGGGAAACCGAGCAUCGAUGACGGCCUGCUGGAGGUCGUCGGCGUCACCGGCGUCGUCCACAUGGGCCAGGUGCAGAGCGGUCUGCGCUCAGGGAUUCGCAUUGCUCAAGGGAACUACAUCCGGCUGUCGGUGAGCAAACCCAUACCUGUCCAGGUGGACGGAGAACCGUGGAUCCAGCCGCCGGGACACAUCAUCAUCUCUGCUGCCGGACUGCUUUGUCCGGACCCGUAGUUUGUUCGGAUGCUGAGGAAGUCCAAGCAGAAGCAGAAGAAGUCGUCCGCUGCCUCAAAGGACGGCCGUUCUGAGAGUCCGUCCUCCAGAAAUGGAGGAAACUAACCGUCUGAAAAUCAACAUCCUGCCUUUUACCCGCCUCCUGCUGCUCUCCGGGAGGCCAUUUUGUUUCCGUCAGCCGGCUGUGAGCUCACUCGUGUAGCUUCGUGGCGUCGCUGACGGGCUGCAGAUCAACCCGGAGACUGAAGGAGGUUUAACGUUUACAGCCUGCACGCGGUGGGAGGAAGACCUGGAUCGCCUCAAGUUUGGUCCAGUUGGGAUCACAUUUCCAUCCUGCUGACCAAGCACUUAUCACUUACACACGUUUAAUAUUCAGCAACUGAACAUUUUUACUUAAAAAGGCAAGAGUAAAAAGUAAUUUGCAGAUUUAAUAUAGGAAUUCUGCAGAGAUUAAAAAGGAGUUGACAAUUUCUCAGUAUGCAUAAGCUUCAGAGUUUGAACAAAAAAAUAUAUAUAAAAGUAUUUAACAAAAGUAGAUUUCUGUCCAGAUGUGACAGUAUGUGUACAGUAAGUAGCAGUAGACUCAGUGUCAGUUGAUUUGUUGUAAUAAUGUGCAGCUAUAGAGUGAUUAUAACCUCAAACAUAUUGUCAUGGGAGAAUAUGAAAAAACAGGAGAACUCCUGAAGACAGGCAGUCUCAUUAAGAAGCUGCAACCACAUUAUGUUAAUCUAAACCACAAAUCUUCUUGGAGGCUGAAUAAUUAUUCUUCUUCUUCUGUAAAAUCCGUUUGUAACGUUGGUUUUGCACAGCACUGAAGUUGCAGUGAAGCUCUCAAAAACUAAUGAGCUUGCAAAAUCAAACAAGACAUCUCUGAAACCACUAUGUGCAACUGGAACGAGUCCAUUAACUGAAGAAAUAAACAAAAGUCAAUCUGAGCUGUGGCAAAAAGUGUUAAAGUGAAGAAUAACUGUGAAGCCUGAAGCACAGUUUGUAUUUCAGCAGAUAAGAAGUGUGAAGCUUUUACACCAACUGUAAGUAUAUGAAAGGAUUUAUAAUCUAAUAGUUCAAAACCAAGUUUGUUUUGCCACAAAUUAUAAUCCUGUUACGAUAGUAGACAGGUUGUGUGCAAACUAAAUAAAUUAAGAUUUAAAACAAGAAAAUAUAUAUUUUUUGACAUAGAAACAUGAAAAGGCUCAUGA